GACCUACAAUUGUGGGGUCUGUUUGGGAGUGAGACAGAGUACAGUCCACAUUGAUAUGGGACAUCCCCACUCCCCAGUGCCUAUUCUGUUGUUUCUAUUCCUUCAAACCUUUCAGUGAUUGAAUAUUCAAGGCCAGACUGGAAGCAAGAGAGUGUUUUGACUGCAGGGGGAUUUGGGGGUAGAAGAUGGCUGUUACCAUGAAACAAAUGUCAGUUAUUGUGACAGCUUUAGGUGUAGCUUCCUUCAUAUUUGGGAUUGUUGCUGAAAAUAAGAAGCCUCCUUCUGGAACUCCUACUGUGGGGACAGGUGUGAUUAUUUGCAAGUAUCAGUCAGAUCACACCAUUCUUUUGGGCUUUCUCUCCUUUGGAUUUCUAGCUGCAUCUUCUGCAGCUGGGCUGGGCUCUGUUUUCUACCCCUUCAAAGGAAAAUCCAUUCCUUACAACGCUUUAUUCCGAAACACCACCUUCACUAUCUUCUUCAACAUUACCCUGGGUUUGGUGGGAAUGGCAGCAGCCUUCGUGUUAUGGCCAACAUUGACAGAGCUACAUCACCGGGUCCACAAUCUUCAUGACAAUCUCAAGAAAGAGUGCCCCACUGCUAAGACUGGCCUUAUUGGUGGGGGUGGGGUCCUAUCCUUCUGUUCAUCCCUCUUCUGGCUGAUUUCCCUUAUGCUAACAGACAAUGUAAGAGAGGAUUACUUUGAAGAAAUGGAUCCCCAAGGUGGGUAUGGGUAUGGCCAGGUGACCACUACCCAGGUUUGAAGAGAAGACAAAAAGGCCAGUUUGAUCAUUCUUGGGUUAUCAACUUCUGGAUUAGGAAUUUGGGACUUGAUUCUCUUUUGUUUUCUGUUGAGUUAAUGGGUUGGAAUAUAUUGAAUUUUGGGUUAAGCAAGA